CGCGAGACUGACGCGAAAGGCGGGCAGGGCCGGGCUCGCCAUGGCGCUGGCGGAACUGGCCGCUCGGCUCAAUUGCGCCGAGUACAAGAACUGGGUGAAGGCCGGGCACAGCUUGCUGCUGCUGCGGGCCGCUCUGCAGCGCUUUGCCGGCGAACAAAUCCACGCCUUUCACCGCCAGCUCGUCGCUCGCCUAGGCCCGCUGGGUGCUCGGUGCAGCGGGCGCUGCAUCCCUCGAGGCAAGCAGUUUCAGCCUGCCUGCUCCUUAUGUAAAGAAUGGAAAAAGGAGAUUUUGAGUCAUCAUACGCACAGGACUGGGGACGUUAACUGGGGAAACUGCAGACCUUGGCUUUGGCCUUCUAACUCAUGGGAGCUUGCAAAGGCUUACAUGCCUCGUGGGAAAGCUGAUUGCUACGGCCCCGACAAGUGUGACGCAUCGGCACUCUUGAACCUUUUCACCUUCUGUGAUCACUUCAGCAACAUUGAUCCGAAGAAAGUCAGAGAGGUGAUUAAGUGCCGCAAUGAACUAAUGCAUUCUUCAGAUAUGAAAGUAUCUUCUUCCUGGCUGAACGAGUUUGGAAAUCAUGUUCAGGAUUUGCUAACUGAAUUCCAGCAUGUUCCAGAGGCUCAGACAGCUGGUACAAGGAUAGAAAAGCUCCUGUCAUCUGACUGGGAUGUUCUUGUACCAGGGGAAGAUCAGUUUGAUGGACUGGAAGGUGAAAUGAGCCAAAGCCAGAUCAGUGAAAUAGAGAAAGAACUGAUAAAAGAGAGGCUUCAUGAAAUCAGCCUUCUCAUGGAAGACCAAGGAAUGAUGUCAGAAGAGGAUUUAAACAGAAUACAAUUUGCAAGAGAAUUCUUACAGAACAAUUGUGAUCUUCAGAGGAGUUUGCAGGCAGAAAUGCAGAACCUUGAAGACCUAGUACAAGAAUUGUACAGACAAAAACGAUCAGUAAAAGAGACCCAGGAAGUUAAUCUUGAAGAGGAGAAAGGUGAAGAUUUUCCUUUAGAAAAAAUGAAGUGUAUGAAAUGAAGAUUUGGACUCUGCUGUAAAAAUGCCAGGCAUUAUCAUCAAACAGGAACUCGUAAAAAGAUGAUCUCCUUUUAAGCAUUCCCAUCACUGAGGGAGGUGAAGUUGGUGGGAACACGGAAUAGGGCUUCCUCUAUGGCAGUACUCCACUCUCUCCCAAAGGGAGUUAGAGUGGCCCUUUCUUUAUUCAGUUUUAGGCAGGCUGUUAAAACAUUUUUUCUUUUAUAUGUCUUUUAGUAUUUUAAAUAUAUUAGCACCACGCUUUCUUUUAAGAGUCUCUCCUUUCUUAAUUUUCCUGUUGGUGAUGCUUUUAAAGUUUUACAUUGUUUUACAUUCUGUAAGUCACCUUGGGGGCCUUAUUUGGACCAAAAUGCAACGCAUAAAGAACUAAAGCAUGGGGAUUAUGUAAAUUACGUUGGACGUUCAGAGA